GUGGAUGAGCUGGAGCCGCCGCUAGCCUGCUUCUGACUUCCAAACUGUUCUGAGAGUGGGAACGUGCCUGAGAAAGAUAUAGAGAGUCAGUGAGUGAGUGCGAGGGGACCUAGAGGAGUCAGGGAGAGAAAGCGAGGGCCCUAAGAGCUAGGCUCCAGACAGAGUGACCAUGGCUGUCUCUGCACCUCCGAUGAUCUCUGCAACUUCCAGCAGCGCCGGCGUCCCGGGGGGUUUAUUCCGGGCUGAACCUCUGUAUUCGUCUCCAGGGGAGCCCCCGCGUCUAACCCCUAAUCUGAUCAACAGUUUCAUGGCCAAUAACCACAGUGGCAGUGUCGGGGGUGGCGGGAUUGGUGGUGGCAGCGGUGGCAGCAGCAACACCAACAGUAACGAGUGCCGGAUGGUCGACAUGCACGGAGUGAAGGUGGCUUCAUUCCUGAUGGAUGGCCAGGAACUGAUCUGCCUGCCGCAAGUCUUUGAUCUUUUCCUCAAGCACCUGGUGGGAGGGCUGCACACGGUGUACACUAAACUGAAGAGACUGGACAUAUCCCCUGUGGUGUGUACUGUGGAGCAAGUUCGAAUCCUUCGUGGGCUGGGGGCCAUUCAGCCAGGGGUGAACCGCUGCAAACUCAUCACCAGGAAAGACUUCGAAACUUUGUUCACCGAUUGCACAAAUGCCAGAAGGAAGAGGCAAAUGACAAGAAAACAAGCUGUUAACAGUUCCAGACCUGGCAGACCCCCUAAGCGUUCUCUGGGAGUGUUGCAAGACAAUUCCCGCCUUCUGCCCCAUGCAGUCCCAGGCAUUUUAUCUCCAGGACUUAUCACUCCAACAGGUAUAACAGCUGCAGCAAUGGCUGAGGCAAUGAAGCUCCAGAAGAUGAAGCUUAUGGCAAUGAAUACUCUUCAGGGAAAUGGAAGCCAAAAUGGGACUGAGUCAGAGCCAGAUGACCUUAAUUCUAACACAGGUGGAAGUGAAUCGUCCUGGGACAAAGAUAAGAUACAGUCUCCACUUGCUGCUCCUGGAGCUCAACAUGGAAUGGCUCAUGCAGCACUGACUGGCCACCCCAGCCUCGGGAGUGCUCCGACCCUCAAUCCACUUCAGCAGAAUCACCUGCUCAGCAAUCGUCUGGAUCUGCCAUUUAUGAUGAUGCCUCAUCCCCUACUUCCAGUCAGCUUACCUCCUGCAUCAGUUGCCAUGGCAAUGAAUCAGAUGAAUCAUCUCAAUACUAUUGCCAACAUGGCUGCUGCAGCUCAGAUUCACAGUCCACUCUCCAGAGCUGGUGCCUCUGUUAUAAAGGAGCGGAUCCCAGAAAGUCCUUCUCCUGCUCCCUCUCUGGAAGAGAAUCAUCACCCUGGGAGUCAGACUUCCUCUCACCCAAGCAGCAGUGUGUCCAGCUCUCCAUCCCAGAUGGAUCAUCAUUCAGAGAGAAUGGUUAUGAUACCCAACAAUAGAGAAGAACUUAUUGUUGACCAAGAUAAUGGACAAACCAUAAAAAAAUUCCAAAGGGAUAAUAAAGAAGAAGUACCAGCUCAAAUUCCACUGAUGAAAUCACCCUUGGACAAGAUCCAGUUGGCUCCUGGACAGGCAUUGCCCCCUGGAUUCCCUGGACCAUUCAUUUUUGCUGAUAGUCUGUCCUCUGUGGAGACACUGUUGACCAACAUUCAGGGUCUACUGAAAGUGGCUUUGGAUAAUGCUCGCAUCCAGGAGAAGCAGAUUCAACAAGAAAAGAAGGAACUUCGAAUAGAACUUUACAGAGAAAGAGAAAUUAGAGAAAACCUGGAGAGGCAACUUGCAGUUGAGCUUCAAAGCAGAAAUACAAUGCAAAAACGUCUGAAAAAGGAGAAAAAAGCUAAAAGGAAACUUCAGGAAGCCUUGGAGUUUGAAUCAAAGCGCCGAGAGCAAGUGGAGCAGGCACUGAAACAAGCUACAGCUAGUGACAGUGGUCUGAGGAUGUUAAAAGAUACGGGAAUUCCAGAUAUUGAAAUAGAAAACAAUGGGACUCCUCAUGACAGUGCUGCCAUGCAAGGAGGUAACUAUGACUGUUUAGCAAUGGCACAGCAGUUGUGUUCAGCCUGAACUUCCUGGCUUUACAUUAAUGAAGAUGCUUGUGAUUCCAGUAUAUAUCUGAAAAUAUUCAUCAUCGAAUUAUUUCAGUUGUGUUUAUCAGGAAAGUUUUGUUUACUGAAUCAUCUUUUCUGUGUUACAUUAAGGAAGAAGGAACAUGUGCAUAUUUCAAAAGCAAUGAUGUAAACUUUGUCCUUGUAUUAGAUUGACCAAUUUAAGAACAUGAACUAAACCCUGCCUAAUGUUAACUUGACUAUAUUUGAUGCAUUUUUAUGCUAAUUUCUGCUUGGCUUUUUGUCCUUCAAAGAAAAAAAAUACAGUAGUGUCUUAGAAACUAGAAACUUACAUGUAUUGUUUCUCUGUUCUACCGUAUGUUAAGUUAAAGUACAAUUUUGUUUAAAGUGUACUUGAUAAACUUCAGUAUAAAUAAAAGCAUUUUGACUUUGUCAGUUAUCACUGAGUUUUUAUUUUCAUAUUGCCAGCUACAAUCAUUGAGGAAUAUAGCAUAAACAUUAAAAUCAAUAUCUAGAAAGGAUGAAGAUGCUGGUAUGGCUUUCUUUAGUGUUACAUUCAAAAAUAUGAAUGUACUUUUUCCAGUUCACUUGUUUAAAAUUGCCAAUAUACUUGUUUUAAAUUGUGUUAGUGAAUUACACUAGAUUUAAUCUUUCUGCAUGUGUAUGCUUAAUGAUUCUACUUCUAGGAUAGAGGAUUGUAAUCAGAAGUAGAAAAAUGUCAUAAAUGAAGAACUAGGAACUAGAAAAUCUUCUCUGUAUAUCUAUUUCCAAAAGUUUCUUUUAGACUCACUUUCAGUUGAAAACUAUCUGAAAUAAAGCUAUAUGUGUGUGUGU